AUUAUAAUUCGGAAGCCCUUCUAAAGGAAAAAAAUGUCAUUAAAAAGGUCUCAGGUUACUGGCAUCGAAAUAUUAGGAAAAGAAAAUCUUUAUCUGACGAUUUUUAGAUUUGAUCAGAGUAUGGAGACGAGCUGAAGUCUUAAAGACGAAUUUAACACAAAUACGCCCGCGUGACAGUCAUCUCCGAUAAUUGUCGAUCAAACUGAUGAAAUUCUCUCGUGACAGCUUCUUCCAGUAAAGGCAACGGCAGUCUCGAAGCUAUAAUAAAGAGUUUCUGAUUAUUAUGAGGGUCUUUUAAAAUAAUGAUUUGAUUCCUGAGGUCAUAUUUCACCAAUUUCACACUCACUGGCUGAACUGCAGAGAAGGGACCGAGUCACAUUCACAGAUAGAAAUUACAGUCUGAAAAAAGGCCAAAAUUCUUCACACUGCUGAGCUCUUAUCAAAAAGUAAAAGAGGAAAAAAGAAAGCAAAAACAUGUUGUUCUGGAGGAGCUUGAUAAGAAAAAUACACCUAAAAAACGAGAACAUUUUUAGGCCUGCCUGUGGAAAUCUUCUGUGGCCUCUUGUGUCUAAUAUUUCUCUCAUCUCCCUGCAGAGAUAAAUAAUUCACUAGAAAAUAAACCAGCACGUCAUCUUUAAUAUAUUUCACCCGCAUUUUAAGGCUGUAGUGAUAGAAAGCGUCUAAAUUAACAGUUUAAUUCUGCUGAACAUUGGAGAAUUGAAUUAGCUACUUUACUUGAAGUUACGCCAACGAAACUGUAUUAUAAAUAUUGAUUUUCUGCACAUAUAGCCUACACGUAUAGAAACAAUUAUUAAGGACACUACCGAAUUUAAUUUUCAGGGUUGUUUUUGGGAGCCUGAAUCACUUCGUGCUGCACUGACAGCAGACAGCAGCUCCAGUUAGUUGCCACUUGGAUUACCUCCUUAAUUCAUCAACAGCAAAACAUUUAUCGUAAUUAAUCGUUGGACACAGCCUAAUUAUUAUUGAGCGGGCGUGCACGAGCAACUGGUUGACGGGUGUGUUUUAAGUGUGACAGAUUGGGAUGAGGGGGUUAAAACCGUUGGAUAUUGAGGGGAAAAAAUGCAACUAAUCAAGAGGCACAGUGGGGAUAACGGGUGGUGAGGGUCACUGAAGUUGAAGUGACAGCAAUCACGUUUACCGUCGUCACAGCGCACAUUUAUUACUGUUUAAAGAGCUGUUCAAACAGGGAGCAUAUGGCCAUUUAUUUUACACAAUUAUUGUUCGUAAUAAUCAGAUUUUUUUUUUUUUUUUUUUUUUGCCUCCUCCCUCCUUUUUUUUUAUCUUAUCAGCAAAAUAUUUUCUCCUUCAACUGCUCUGAAAAUAAAUGUCAAUCUUUCAGGGAUAAUAUACAUUUCUAUUUUAAAAACUUUAACGUCAAAUUCAGUCUGAAAAUGUUUAUUUUCUUAAGAUGGAUUUAAAGGUUUAUGAAACAUCAGUUUUUCUUUGUUUCAACUGAAAAUUUCAGCAGAUUUUGCAUAAAAAAAAUAGAAAACAAAUAUAAAGUCAAACGGCUUCAGCACCUUCUUGUUAGAGAGGUUUCAUUUCCCGUUUCAUUUCACUGGAUACAAGAAUGUGUGAAUUUGAUUAAAUUUUUAAGUGACUUACAACAGUUUUUUUUUCUUCUUCGCGGGAGGGGUGGAGGGGGGGUUCUAGCUAUGAGGACAGCUGGAGAUGUGGUUUGUGCUUUAUGAGAAGCAACGUGCGUCUUUGGAGAGGACUUAUCUUGCAACAGCACCGUGUGCUAAAUAUUACUUCAGAAGAAGGCACGGUCCUCAUCAGCAUCUACUUCUUCUCCUUCGGAACAGGUGCCCAGUGAAACACGGACCACGCCGCGGACGGAGGACACCAAGAGCACCUCGGGAGCUCAACCAGUUUUCAAAAUUUUCUCCAACUUCAGCCCUCAAUCAAACAUUAGCAUGAUGUCGUAUCUAAAGCAACCACCUUACACAGUUAAUGGUCUGAGCUUAACGACUUCCGGGAUGGACCUUUUACAUCCGUCAGUGGGCUAUCCAGCAACGCCACGGAAACAGAGGCGAGAAAGGACUACCUUUACGCGCGCACAGCUCGAUGUUUUGGAGGCGUUGUUCGCAAAAACUCGAUAUCCGGACAUAUUCAUGCGCGAAGAGGUGGCGCUGAAAAUCAACCUACCUGAGUCCAGAGUACAGGUCUGGUUUAAGAAUAGGCGAGCAAAGUGUCGUCAGCAGCAACAGCAGCAGCAGAACGGGGGACAGAACAAAGUGCGACCUCCCAAAAAGAAAAGUUCCCCAACCAGAGAGGUGAGCUCGGAGAGCGGUGCCAGCGGCCAGUUCACGCCCCCCACCAGCACCACCACAGCCCCCCCUAUCUCAACCACCACCGCCCCAGUGUCCAUAUGGAGUCCGGCGUCCAUCUCUCCUCUUUCAGACCCCCUAUCUACCUCCUCCUCCUGCAUGCAGAGGUCCUAUCCUAUGACCUACACCCAGGCCUCGGGUUACAGCCAGGGCUACGCCGGGUCGACGUCCUACUUCGGAGGUAUGGACUGCGGCUCUUACCUCACUCCGAUGCACCAUCAGCUGUCAGGCCCGGGGUCGACCCUCAGCCCGAUGAGUACGAACGCAGUCACAAGCCAUCUUAACCAGUCCCCGGCGUCGCUUUCUACCCAGAGUUACGGGACGUCCGGCCUGGGCUUCAACUCCACAGCAGACUGCUUGGAUUAUAAAGACCAAGCUGCGUCAUGGAAGCUGAACUUCAACGCCGAUUGUUUGGAUUAUAAAGAUCAAACAUCCUCGUGGAAAUUCCAGGUCCUGUAAACAGAGCAUCAGCUGACGAAAAGUGCACAAACAGUGACGGUCACAUGAAACAAAGCCCUCAAUAAAAAAAAAACACAAUCAAAACUGGUUAAAUAUGAGCCCAGCGACGAGGCAGGGCUUUCGGGGGGCCUCCAAAUUUUUUGGCAUGAUGGCACUCUGGUCCUCCUAGGGCAGAGGUUUGAUUUAUUUCAGCACUGGCGAAGAGAUUUUUUUUCCCCCCGUUUAUUCACUAUUUGUAACUCCUUAUCCAUGUCAGUGUGUGCCUCUGUGCGCAAAAAAAAAAAGAAAGAAAGAAAAAAAUUGAAAAAAACACCUGUUGAGAACAGAGUGAACUCUGACAGAAAAGUACACCACAGCCACGGAACUAAAACCCAAGAACAAAACUUAAGCCAGUUUGGCUCGGGAUGGACAAACCUCCUUAAACCUUCGUACACAACUUUGCCAACCUGCAGCCAGAGACAUGAGGAUGCUGUGUGGACAUGGAUGCACUACUUUAUUUAAGAAAAAAAAGUGUUUAUAAGGAAUCAAUAUGUAGUUUCUAAGAGACAAUCAAUGUGCGUCUUAUAUAAAUGGUACAUAUGUGUUUUUCUUUUUUUUUUUUUUUUUUUUUAUCUGUGCUAGCCUUCGAAACUGUGAUCUGUUGUAUUGUAUGCAAUCUGUGAGCCCCCUCUCGCAUCAGACUCUCUGCUGUGAUUUUCAUAGAUUUAUAACUUUUUUCUGACAAGGAAAUACGCUUGUGGUUAAAUUACCGCAUCAUAAAGACAGACGAGACUUUGCAAGCAAAUGGCGGUGGUAAUAAUUAAGGGUUAGCCAUACUGGAAAAGACUCUCGGCUGCUGAGAGCUCUACACUUGCUCCCCCUCCAUUGAUCUCAACACACGUUGAUUGAGGAUCCUUCACUGGCUCCCAAAGAUGGUGUGACCUCACCGCUGAAAAGACAUGAAUAAAGGUCCUGUGAGCUUACUCUUUCAUGGAGAAACGAUCUGUGUGUGAGUGCGUUUGUAUCCGAGAGGGGAAAAUGACAAAGUAUGGCGCCCUGGCUGUAGCCCGAGGCCCGCAAAAACAGCAGGUGUUUAACAGGGAUUUUCUCAAUGGUAUA